GAAAAUCGAGAAGGAAAAGACAGAUCGGGGAUUAAGCAAAUCAAAUGGGGCCAGAAGAAAAAGACAAUACAAAUUAAGCAAACAAAUGGAGGCCAGAACGACAUCUCGAUUCUGGAACAAUCAAGCGGUAAAAUUGAUAUAUGGAUAAUGGACUAG